CGCAUCAUAAGAUAUUUUUUCUGGAAUUAAAGAACAAAAAAAGCAGCAGAGAAAAUUCAAGUUUCAGAAAAAGUUGUUUCCUCACCAAACAAAACAAACGUUUGGAUACUCCUUACCUUAAUCUACAGCUGAAAGGCUUUGUCUUGUCUAUUGAAAGGUUGAAGCUUUUUUUGUGGGUAAUAAUGGGAGAGGAGCAGCAUCCGAGGAAGCGAUCUCGUCAACAUUUUGAAGCAGAGGAGGCCAGACACUUAUCUUUAACAAAGUCUCCUCAAUGCGAAACAGCUAAAUGGUAUUUCAGCAAGGAGGAGAUUGAGCGUUUCUCUCCAUCUAGAAAAGAUGGGAUAGAUCUGGCUAAGGAGUCGUUUCUACGCUCUUCUUAUUGCACAUUCCUUCAAAGACUUGGCAUGAAGCUUCAUGUGUCCCAAGUUAUAAUAGGAUGUGCAAUGGUGAUGUGCCACCGGUUUUACAUGCGCCAAUCUCAUGCCAAAAAUGACUGGCAGACGAUAGCAACUUCCAGUCUCUUCCUCGCUUGCAAAGCUGAAGAUGAGCCGUGUCAACUGUCCAGUGUUGUUGUUGCGUCAUAUGAAAUAAUCUAUGAAUGGGAUCCUUCUGCCUCAAUGAGAAUCCAUCAAACUGAAUAUUACCAUGAAUUUAAAGAAUUGAUUUUGGCUGGGGAGAGGCUUCUGCUGGACACGAGUGCUUUCGAGCUUCUAGACGUCGAGCUUCCGUACAAACCUCUGGCUGCAGCUUUGAAUAGGGUGAACGCUUGGCCUGACCUUGCUACAGCUUCAUGGAAUUUUGUGCAUGACUGGCUUCGAACUACACUGUGCUUGCAGUACAAACCUCAUGUUAUUGCAACUGCUACUGUGCACCUAGCUUCCACGUUUCAGAACGCUAAAGUAGGAAGCAGGAGAGAUUGGUGGUUGGAUUUUGGAGUGACAACUAAGCUUUUAAAAGAGGUGAUCCAGGAGAUGUGCAUGCUCAUAGAAGUAGACAGAAGGAGGACAAUGCCCCCGCCGCUUCCUCCAAGAAGAGAGUUAGUAGCCUGGGCAAUGCCUGCACCCUUAAAGCCUCCGGUUCAUAUGGCUAGAGGCUAUCCGUUUCACAGCUACCCUUUGCAGCCGUAUAGACAGCCUGGAAUUUGGUGAGCCAUUGUUCAGGAACUUGAAUUUGGUCGAAAGACAAAAGAAGAUUAUGUGGAGGCGCAUGAGAGAGACAGUGUAAGGUUAUAUAGCAAUCGGAGUGAGGUUUUUAUGUGGCUAAAUUAAGGCUCUCUGGUGUGACUAUCUUUCACCAGAGUGAUUCUCUCUCAAGAUUCUUCUCGUUUGUUUCUGUUACAUAGAGAUUAUGUAGGAGUUGUUGGUUAUAUACAAUGCCCACUCCCUUUCUUAUAUUUCUAGCAUAUCAGUGUACAUCUUGAAUCUAUCUAUAUAUGGGGUUACUCCAAAUUGCUUUUUACUUGUUUUCUCAUUGCUAAGUAGUUUGGGUGCCAUUAGCUUCUAUGUAUGAAUCAUCAUCUCUGCAAUUCUACAGGAAUCUGUGAUCCUUUUUAAGCAGUUGUAUAUAAAACACUCUUUUUUUUUGGACAGC